AUGGUUCAGACCAACAAACUCUCAAAGGAUGGAGGUACAGAUCUUGAGGAUAACUCCCAGUACAGGAAAGUGGUAGGAAAACUGUUGUAUUUAACUAUCACUAGGCCUGAUAUCUGCUUUGCUGUACAGCAAUUAUCCCAAUUCUUGGACAGCCCCGCUACUCUUCAUUUGCAGGCAGCUCACAGGGUCCUAAGAUACAUCAAGAAUUCCCCUGGACAAGGCUUGUUCUUUCCUGCAAAUUCCCAGCUCAAAGUAAGAGGAUUUGCUGACUCAGAUUGGGCAACUUGCCCUGAUACAAGGAAGUCUGUCACUAGCUUCUAUGUUUUUUUAGGAGAUGCUCUAAUAUCUUGGAAGUCUAAAAAGCAAAAUACCAUUUCAAGGUCACCAUCUGAAGCUGAAUAUAGAGCUCUUGCCCUUGCUACUUGUGAAAUGCAGUGGUUGUUCUACCUUUUUGAAGUCUUAGAGGUCUGCUUGAAAGACACAGCUGUAUUGUUUUCUGAUAGUAAGUCUGCCAUUGCCAUGGCAGAAAACCCUGUCUUUCAUGAAAGAACCAAGCAUGUAGAGAUCGACUGUCAUUUGAUAAGGGAAAAGAUCCAAAAAGGAGUCAUAAAGUUGCUGCAUGUUCCUACUGAAAGCCAGACAGCAGACAUGUUUACUAAGCCCCUACAACCAAUGGUGUUUUAG